GGUUAACAUGAAAGAAAAGAAGAAGAAGAAAACACUGAAAACACUGUCAAUUUACAAAUUUCUUAGUUUCUUUCGCUAUCAUGGCUCCAACGGCUAAGAAGACCACGGAAACCAAAACUGUAAAGGGGCUACCAGCAGUUCCCGAAUCUGUCCUGAAGCACCGCAAAAGGCGCGAGGCUUCCCGUGCGAAGAGUUUACAGAUCGCCAUUAAAAAGAAGUCUGAGCAGAUCAAAAAACGCAAAGAUAUCUUCAAGAGGGCCGAACAGUAUGUUAAAGAAUACCGGCUCAAAGAAAGGGAUGAAGUUAGGUUGAUCCGACAAGCUAAAACCAGAGGAAACUUUUACGUUCCCGCUGAAGCCAAGUUGGCAUUCGUAAUUCGUAUUAAGGGUAUCAACAAAGUAGCUCCUAAAGUACGCAAGGUUCUCCAAUUGUUCCGGCUCCUUCAAAUCAACAAUGGUGUCUUUGUCAAGCUCAACAAAGCUACCAUCAACAUGCUCAGAAUAUGCGAACCUUACAUCACUUGGGGAUACCCUAACUUGAAAUCUGUCAGAGAACUGAUUUAUAAGAGAGGUUUCGCCAAGGUGAACGGCCAAAGGGUGCCAAUCACUAGCAAUCAAAUCAUCGAAGACAAAUUAGGAAAGUCCGACAUCAUAUGUGUUGAAGAUUUGAUCCACGAAAUCUUCACUGUCGGAAGUAGGUUCAAGAACGCUUCCAACUUCUUGUGGCCAUUCAAGCUUAACACACCAACUGGUGGGUGGCGCAAGAAGACCAACCAUUACGUCGAAGGUGGUGACUUUGGAAACAGGGAAGACAAAAUAAAUGAGCUUCUUAGGAGGAUGGUUUAAUUAACCAUGUUCUGUUUAUACAAAUAAAUAAUUUAAGAUAAA